AUGAUGCAAGCCAAGAAGAUCAAGUACGACGUCAUCGGACUGACCGAGACCAGACGACGUCACCCUCUCAACGCCGUAUAUGAGACUGGAGAAGAACUGUUCUUAGGAACAUGCGACAGUAGAGGUGUUGGUGGAGUUGGCGUCCUCGUCAACACGAGAACGGCAAAGAACAUCGACUCUUUCGAACAACUUACGACCCAAAUCGGACGUCUGUGGAAGAGAAGAUGGGGUCCAACACCAGCUUUGACUAUCUUCGUCGCUUACGCUCCAACAUCAAGCUACGAAGAAGAAGAAGUCGAAGCUUUCUAUAUGGACCUAGAGAAGUUCUACCGAGAAGAUCAUGCCUUCCAAGAAGAACGCCGGAGGAACUUCACAUCGGGACCCACGGCCUACAUUGGAAUGACCAGAGGGAGAGGCUCUUCGAGUUCAUCAUGA